AUGGCUUUAAAUAUAACGAAGAAUUGUUUCGAAAAGAUAUGGGGGUGGAUUGACAUGUUAGGUCCACCCGUCAACAGACUGUCCAACUAUAUCGGCAGCGAAGCGUUUUGGCCGACAACCCUUGACAAAGAGAGCGAGAAGGCAGCCAGGAUUUUAGUGUCAUUUUGUGUGAUACGGAAUGCGGUUGGCCUUGCAAUUUGCACCAAUAUGCGAACAGGACUGUGGAUGUCUGGAGCCACCGGCUCUGGAGUUUUAGUCGCUCGCAACGAAGAUAACGAUUCAUGGUCACCACCGUCGGGCAUCCUUCUAAACUCAGCUGGAAUUGGUUUUCUUGCCGGUGCGGGCAUCUACGACUGCGUUAUUGUCAUCAAUAACCGCAAAGCUCUUGAUGCAUUCACUGGGGUCCGAGCUACUAUUGGUGGUGAGAUUAGUGUAGUUGCCGGACCGGUCGGAGUCGGCGGGAUGGGAUUUUACGCAGGAAUUCAAGUUAAUGGUACGGUCAUCCUCGAGCGUACAGACGAGAAUGAACGCUUCUAUGGAGAGCAAAUGAUUGGCGUCUCUGAUAUCUUGGGGGGAUAUACACAGCAUCCGCCAGAGACAAAAAUGCUGAUGGAGGCGUUGAAGGCCGCAGAAGGCCCGUCCGAUUUUACCCAAGGAGUUGCAAGAAAUAUGGAAAGGGCGGAAGGAUAA